AUGCGGCCUGGGUCAGGUCAGCAGGGUGAAAAGGACUACUUCGAAUCGAGCUGGGAUACACUUCGCGACGCAAUGACCGACAUCCACAACAUGAACGCUUCGAAUUGGCAGUAUGAACAGCUAUAUCGUGUCGGCUAUAAGGUGGUUAUUCUGAAGAAGGGCCCUGAACUAUAUGAACGCAUCAAAGACUUUGAGAGGAAAUGGCUUCGAGAGAAUGUCAUGGCCAAGCUACUCGACUUCAUCACACCCGAAUUCGUUGCUACCCUUGAAUCUGCAACCACCUCGGCCAACGAGCGACGUCAACUGGGUCAGAAGCUCCUUCGGUCCUUACGAGAUACCUGGGUGGACCAUGAGACGUCCAUGAACAUGAUCGCCGAUAUUUUGAUGUAUAUGGACAAGAGUUGCACGGAAGUUGCUAAACACCCAUCCAUUUUCACGACGACCAUUGGACUUUACCGUGACGACGUAUUGAAGGCCGAGAUCAAUGGAGUACCCCUUAUAGAUCUUCUAGUCACUGUUCUCAUUGACCAGAUCGAGAUGGAGCGAGCCGGAGACAUCGUCGACCGUGGACUUAUCAGGAAUUGCAUUGGACUCCUUGAUGGGCUUUACGAGACCGAUCAAGAGGCGAGACUUGAGAGGUUGUAUCUGACGCGUUUCGAACCGGAAUUUCUGAGAGUCACCAGGGACUUCUACGCGAACGAGGCCCAGAGGCUCCUCGGCCAAGGCGAUUGCACUGCCUGGAUCCGACAUACUCCCGACAGACUCAAUGAGGAGAGUGAUAGAUGUGGCACCACGAUUCUCGCCGAAAGUCGUGGCAGGCUUGUCUCACUUGUGGAAGAAGAGAUGGUCCAUAAGCACCUCGAUGAAUUCUUGGCUCUGGAUACUGGCCUCAAGUGGCUCGUUGACAGUGGAAAACUCGAAGAACUCUCGACAUUGUAUUCCCUCGUAAGCCUCGAUCCUACAGCAAAGGGCAAGGUUACGAGAGUUCUGGAGAGCCAUGUUAUUGAAUUAGGAAGAGAGAUCCAAAGAGUUUUGCAAGCCACUGAUUUCUCGACUCCUGCGGCCUCUGCGCCCGAAGAGGCUGACAAGAACGACGAAGCCGCUGGCAAAAACGAGGCCGGCGGCCGGACCAAGCCUUCCCAACUCACCGCUGCUGCCCAGCAGACAGCGGCGGCUAUCAAAUGGGUUGAUGAUGUGUUGAGCCUAAAGGAUAAGUUCGAUAGAAUCUGGUCCGAAUGCUUCAAGAAAGACCUCUCUAUCCAGACUGCCAUCACCAAGAGCUUCUCCUCUUUUAUCAACUCCUUCGAUCGCUCGUCUGAGUUUGUGUCACUUUUUAUCGACGACAGUUUGCGACGGGGCAUCCGCGAUAAGACGGAAGCAGAGAUCGACGUCAUCUUGGAAAAGGCCAUUGCCCUUAUGUGCUACCUCAAUGACAUGGACAUGUUCGAGCGUUACUACCAACGCCAUUUGGCACGCCGCCUCCUCCAUUCCAAGUCGGGCAGCCACGAAGUAGAGAAGCAGCUCAUCCUACGUAUGAAGCAAGAGUUUGGAAAUCAAUUUGCCUUCAAGUUUGAGGGCAUGCUUCGAGACUUGGACACGUCGGCCGAGUUUACCGCCAACUACCGCGAACAGAUGCGCUUGGUGACGGGCGAUGCUGGCGCGAUUGACGUCUCCAUCAGCAUUCUUACGACGAACAAUUGGCCCGCAGAGGUAAUGGGCCGUUCGUCACAGAUCGGAUAUGGCGACGUCGCGCCAUGCACUUACCCGGAGGAGAUUAGGAAAUUACAUGAUAGCAUCAAACAACACUAUCUCCAGAAUCGCGUCGGAAGGAAGCUUACCUGGGUCGGCACACUUGGUUCGGCGGAUAUUAGGUGCACAUUCCCACCUGUUCCAGGUAAAUCAGGCGUUCUGGCGCGCGAGAGGCGUUACGAAGUCAGCGCUCCUACCUACGGCAUGGUUGUCCUUCUGCUCUUCAAUGAGAUGGAUGACGACGAAUCUCUGUCGUUUGAGGAGAUUCAGGCCAAGACAAACAUACCCGCACCUGACCUCACAAGAACGCUGAUGGCGCUCGCUGUCGCUCCGAAGUGCCGAGUCCUUGCUAAAGACCCUCAGAACAAGGUUGUCAAGCCCGGAGACAGGUUCAAGUUCAACAACGCAUUCGCUAGCAAGACAAUCAAAAUCAAGGCUCCCACGAUAACAUCGGUUUCGAAGGUCGAGGGUGAUGAGGAGAGGAAGGUGACAGCUGCUAAGGCGGACCAAACUAGAUCACAUUUGAUCGAUGCUGCCAUUGUCCGAAUCAUGAAGCAACGAAAGCAGCUUAUGCACACUCAACUCAUCACCGAGGUCCUUGAUCAACUUGUUGGCAGAUUUAAGCCUGAGUUGCCUAUGAUUAAAAGGCGUAUUGAAGAUCUCAUUGCACGAGACUACCUUGAGCGUGUCGAAGAUGCAUCAACCCCCACCUACCGAUAUCUAGCAUAA